AUGACCAUUGCAGCUUCUGCUCGAGCUGCUUCUACUCAGGGCAUCGGCAGUGGACUGGCGAAAGGCGCGGAGGGCGCCGGAAGCGGAGCUGCGACAGCCGCGGAGGGCGCCGGUAGCGGCGCUUCGAAAGCCGCGGAGGGCAUGGGUAGCGGCGCUUCGGAAACCGCCGAGGGCGUGGGUAACGGAGCUUCGAGUGCCGCGGAGGGCGCCGGCAGCGGAGCUGGAAAAGCUGCCGAUGGCCUUGGUAGCGGAGCUGGAAAAGCUGCGGAGGGCGUGGGUAGCGGCGCCGCAAAAGCUGCGGAGGGCGCGGGCAGCAGCGCUUCGAGUGCCGCGGAGGGCGCGGGUAAUGGAGCUGCAUCAGCCAGCGAGGGCGCCGGCAGCGGAGCUGGAGAAGCCUCGGAGGCAUUUCACAAUUAG